CUUCCUCUGCUCUUGUUAUAUUCAUUCAUUCAUCAUUCAUUUCCAAACUCCUCUUCUUCUCUCUUUCUUUUUCCUCUUAAUUUUUUAAUAAUAUAUUUAUUUAAUUUAAUAAUAAUAUUCAUAAUAUUUCACACCUUUGAAGAAUUGAGAAGAAAACUUUUGACACAUAUUUGAUUGAUUAUUAAACAAAACAAAAAACAUGGGAAAGGGUCAGCUGAGAUUGUUCUUGUUCUUGUUCAUGUUCUGUUCUUUUCUUUUUCUUGUUCUUUCUUCUUCUGUGUCACCCAGAAAUUUUCCCAUUAUACCCUUUGAUGAAGGGUAUACACCUUUAUUUGGAGACCAUAACUUGAUCAUUCACUCUGAUGCCAAAACUGUUCAUCUCUCACUUGAUGAGUCUUCAGGCUCUGGAUUUGCUUCUCAUGAUCUUUACCUUCAUGGGUAUUUCAGUGCUUCCAUUAAAUUACCUUCUGAUUACACUGCUGGUGUUGUUGUUGCAUUCUAUUUGUCAAAUGGUGACAUGUAUGAGAAGAACCAUGAUGAAAUAGACUUUGAAUUUUUGGGACACAUUAGAGGCAAAGAUUGGAAGGUUCAAACCAAUAUUUAUGGAAAUGGAAGUACAAACAUUGGAAGAGAAGAAAGAUAUAAUCUAUGGUUUGAUCCUUCUGAGGAUUUUCAUCAGUACAGUAUUCUAUGGACAGAUUCUAAGAUUAUAUUUUAUGUGGAUGAUGUUCCUAUAAGAGAAAUAAAGAGAACAAAAUCAAUGGGAGGAGAUUUUCCAUCAAAGGCAAUGACAUUGUAUUCUACCAUUUGGGAUGCAUCUAAUUGGGCUACCAAUGGAGGAAAAUACAAAGUAAACUACAAAUAUGCACCCUAUGUUGCUGAGUUUUCUGAUUUUGUCCUACAUGGUUGUGCAGUUGAUCCUAUUGAUCAUGUGACAAACUGUGACAGUGUUCAAAGUUCUGAAACAGUUCCUUCUGAUGUAACACAACUAGAAAGAAUCAAAAUGGAGAACUUUAGGUUAAAGCACAUGACAUAUUCUUACUGUUAUGACAAAAUUAGAUACAAAGUUCCUCUACCAGAGUGUGUGAUCGAUUUGCGAGAAGCUGAAAGGUUGAGAAAAUUUGAUCCUGUUACGUUUGGUAAUGGCCAUCACCGCCGUGGAAAGCGACACCACAUCAAGGAAGAAGCUGCUUCAUUUUAGUGUAUGUUUGAAUUUACUGUGAGUUUGACAAAAUCACAUUGGUAUCGUGGUUUUGUUAAAGUUCCUAAGUGUAGUUUUUAUCAAAAUUACGAUGGUACAUUGUGAUUAUGUCAAAAUCAACAGUAUUUUCCAAACAUGCACCAAAAGAAAUAUGUUUCAAAAUAAUGAUUUUGAUCAGUAAAAGGAAUAUGUUUUCAUCAUCUCUUUUGCCUUUCAUUUUGGUGUAUAGAGAUUAAGUGGGGGAUUAAGCAUACAAGUCCGUAAUAUAAUAAUAGUUAUAUGAUUAUUAUUGGUUAUAUGAUUAUUAUUGAUGGUGGGUUAUUACUUAUUGUAUAGUUCAUCAUCUCUUUUCCUAGGUAAUUUUAUAAAUUGAAUCUUAUGAUAUGAUUUAUGUAGUC